AUGCUAAGCAGCAGACUACUCGGCGCGAGCCUCCUCCGGGCAGCAGCAGCACCCCGCAAGCCCAUCCUCCGCUCCCUCUCGACCCUCCUGUUCAUCGAGCACCGCCAGGGCAAGAUCAACCCGGCCACCCUCAGCGCUCUCCAUGCCGCCCAACAGCUCGACAAGAGCCAGAUCACCGGGCUGAUCACCGGCUCGUCUAAGGCCCCCGGCUUCGACCAGGCCGUCGAGCUCUCCAAAAAGUUGCCGAUCAAGAAGCUGUUGGUCAAGGACGACGAGAGUCUGACACGAUACGUUGCCGAGCCCCUUGCGCCUCUGAUCGCGAGCGUCGUUCGGGAGAAGGGGAUGAGCCAUCUCGUGGGCGGGUCGAGCUCGGUGACGAAGAGCGUGUUCCCGCGGGUGGCCGGGCAACUCGAUGUGGCGCAGGUGUCGGAGGUGAUGAAGGUGGUGGAUGAGAGGACGUUUGUGCGGCCGAUCUAUGCGGGGAAUGCGAUGGUGACGGUCUGCUCGGAGGCCCCGGUGCAGGUGCUGACGAUCCGGACGGCGAGUUUCGAGGCGUUGAAGCUGGACGAGGAGAGCGCUUCGGUCGAGGUGGAGAUGCUCGAGGGCCCGAUAGAGACUACUACUACUACCCAGUGGGAAGGGGAGGUGUUGGCGAAGUCGGCUCGGCCGGAGCUCGGCUCGGCCAAGCGGAUCGUCUCCGGCGGCCGCGGGGUGAAGAACAAGGAGAACUUCGAGCAGGUGUUGACGCCGCUGGCGGACAAGCUCGGCUCGGCGAUCGGCGCCUCCCGGGCGGCCGUCGACAGCGGCUUCGCAGACAACUCGCUCCAGGUCGGCCAGACCGGCAAGGUGGUCUCGCCCGAGCUCUACAUCGCCGUCGGCAUCUCCGGCGCGAUCCAGCACCUGGCGGGCAUGAAGGACUCCAAGACGAUCGUGGCGAUCAACAAGGACCCCGAGGCGCCGAUCUUCCAGGUCGCGGAUGUGGGCUUGGUGGCCGACUUGUUUGAGGCGGUGCCUGAACUGACGAAGAAGAUCUGA